CCACAUUCCACAUGCCUUUCACGGUAUCAUUCUUCAACACGUAAACAAACACAAACCCUAAAUCUCAUCCACUCAUAAAUCUCACCAAUCAACCCCCCCCCCCCCCCCCCUGCAAUCAACAAUUCUACAAUCAAAAUCUGCAAUCACUCAGGUUUAUUGUUUCCGAUCAUCAGGCAAUUUGAAUUUUUGAUUUUGGCGGGUGAGAUUAUCCAAAAUUAGAAUCUACGAUGACGGUGUUGUUGGACGAUAUGGUCCGAGCUAUUGAGGCAUGGUUAAGGAUCCUGAAGGAACCUGAGGCGUACGUUGAUCCGAAUCUUGAUCCGGUGCUUCUAGUGCCGGGGAUUGCUGGUUCGAUUUUGAAUGCUAAAGAUGGUGAAACCGGGAAAGAAGAGCGAGUCUGGGUUCGGAUUUGGGAAGCUGAUCGGGAAUUUAGGGAUAAACUUUGGUGUAAAUUUGAUCCUGAAUCUGGUAAAACUUUGUCUUUGGAUCCCAACAUCAGCAUUGUUGUUCCUGAAGACAGAGAUGGGCUUUAUGCAAUUGAUUGCUUGGAUCCUGCUAUGCUUAUUGGGCGUAAUAGUGUAUGCUAUUUUCAUGACAUGAUAAAUGAAAUGACUAGCUGGGGAUACCAAGAAGGAAAAACGCUAUUUGGAUUUGGAUAUGAUUUCCGACAAAGCAACAGACUCAAAGAAAGUUUGGAUCGCCUUGCUGCAAAGCUGGAUGCGAUUUAUACUGCAUCAGGGGGGAAAAAGAUAAACGUAAUAACUCACUCAAUGGGUGGACUUCUUGUCAAAUGUUUUAUGAGUCUGCACAGUGAUAUUUUUGAGAAAUAUGUAAAGAGUUGGAUAGCAAUUGCUGCACCAUUUCAGGGCGCACCUGGAUAUGUAACAUCUACUUUAAUGAACGGGAUGUCAUUUGUAGACGGUUGGGAAGCAUACUUUUUUGUAUCCAAGUGGAGUAUGCAUCAGCUGUUGAUUGAAUGUCCAUCCAUUUACGAAUUGAUGGCAUGUCUAGACCACGAGUGGGAACAUGUUCCGUUGUUACAAAUUUGGAAGCAAAUUCAGGACGGUAACGGUAACUCUACACCUAUACUGGAGACAUUCACCCCAAUUGAAGCGGUUUCAAUAUUUACUCAGGCUCUUUCAACGAACGAGCUAAGCUAUGGUGGUGUUGAUAUCCCUCUACCAUUUAACAAAGAAAUAUUACAAUGGGCUAAUAAAACACGAGAGAUCUUGUCUUCAGCCAAACUUCCAUCAAGCGUUAAAUUCUAUAACGUUUAUGGCACUGGUCUCGACACUCCCCAGAGUGUUUGUUAUGGAAGCGUGGACUCACCCAUCUUGGACCUGCAGGAAUUACCAUUCUUAGACGCAACUUAUAUUAAUGUUAAUGGUGAUGGGACGGUACCUGUAGAAUCAUCCAAGGCUGAUGGGCUCGACGCGGAAGCUAGGGUCGGUAUCCCAGGUGAACACCGAGGGAUCUUAUGUGACAAGCAUCUGUUCCGGAUAGUCAAGCACUGGCUCAAGGCGGAUCACGAUCCGUUUUACAACCCCGUAAACGAUUAUGUUAUUCUACCAACUUUAUUUGAGAUUGAGAGGCACCAUGACAACAAGGGUAAAGAAGUAACUUCACUAAAAGAAGAAUGGGAAAUUGUUUCGGAAGAUGAGAGAGAAGCUAUGGUUGGGUCGAUAUCCGCUUCUUGUGUAGGUGAUGAUCUGUCUUCUUCUCAGGAAGCACAUGCUACUUUCAUUGUGCAUCCACAAAGCAAUGGUAAACAGCAUAUUGAACUCAAGGCUGUGAGUGUUACUGCUGGUGUUUGAAUUGAUGAAUCUAUUAUUCUGUUAUGUAUGUGUAUAUAUGUAUAUAUAUUCAAGUGCUUGCAAGUGAAAAUAAAAAUAAAUUUGAUGAUGGAAAAAAGUGGUGGUGAAUUUAAUGUGUAGCAUAUCAUAUAUAAGUGUAUAAUAUUUGUUGUUUAUGCUAUGUGUGGACUUUUGGCUUACCCAAA